UCCGUUCACGCCCGUCGUUCAUAGAGUUUGACUCCACGCCUUCUCUCGCGUGCGCCGUUCGUCUUAUCUUUCACAUCCCUCCUCCUCCUCCCUUUCUUCCUCUCUCUCUCUCUCUCUCUCUCUCUCUCUCUCUCUCUACUGUUCUUCCUUGAUCUUGGUCGUGUGCUGUUGAUUUUGUUUUUUCUUUUAUAGUUGAGAUCCUGCUUUUUCUCAGUUGUUCAGAGUUGAGAGCAGAGUAAACAAGUGAUCCUAUAGAUCCUAUAGAGAGGAGAUACGAGAUUAGGGUUUGGUUUUAGUUUUCAGAGUUAUGAGUUGUGAAAGUGGAAGAUUUUGGAGCAUUUGUACUUGUUUUUGAGGUUGUUUUUGUUUUCGGUUGUAGAAUUUAUCUGGUUUUUCAGUUUGAUGGCCGGAAGUAACGAGGUUAAUCUUAAUGAAGCCAAGACGGUGGUGCCGCUCAAUACAUGGAUCCUCAUCUCCAAUUUCAAGCUGGCUUACAAUCUCCUUCGCCGGCCGGACGGAACCUUCAACCGCCACCUCGCCGAGUUCCUAGACCGUAAAGUCGCGGCAAACGCCAACCCAGUUGACGGAGUUUUCUCUUUUGAUGUCAUAAUCGACAAGGCCACCGGUCUUGUCAUCCGGGUUUACCGUCCGGCACCAGCAGAUGAAGCUCAGCCGGGCAUUGUGGAGCUUGAGCGGCCCCUUAACGCCACUGAUGUCGUCCCAGUGAUCAUCUUCUACCAUGGAGGAAGCUUUGCUCACUCCUCCUGCAACAGUGCCAUUUACGACACACUUUGCCGGCGGCUCGUUGGCAUCUGCGGCGCUGUAGUGGUAUCUGUUAACUACCGCCGUGCACCGGAAAACCGGUAUCCUUGUGCUUACGACGAUGGAUGGGCAGCUAUUGAAUGGGCGAGCUCGAGACCAUGGUUACGGAGCGGCAAGGACUCCAAGGUUCACGUCUAUUUGUGUGGAGAUAGCUCUGGAGGUAACAUCGUUCACAAUGUCGCCAUGAGAGCAGUUGAUUCGGAUAUCGAAAUAUUGGGGAAUAUACUGCUCAACCCAUUGUUUGGUGGGAAAGACAGAGCUGAUUCUGAAAAGAAAUUAGAUGGGAAGUAUUUUGUGGCAGUUCAAGACAGAGACUGGUAUUGGAGAGCCUUUCUUCCUGAAGGAGAGGAUAGAGAUCAUCCGGCAUGUAACCCAUUUGGUCCCAGAGGCAUAAAACUUGAAGGGCUCAAGUUCCCUAAGAGUCUUGUUGUGGUUGCAGGUUUAGACCUUGUUCAGGAUUGGCAAUUAGCUUAUGUUGAAGGGCUCAAGCAGGCUGGCCAAGAUGUGAAGCUUCUGUUCCUAGAGAGAGCUACAAUUGGGUUCUACUUGUUGCCCAACAACAACUACUUCUAUACUGUCAUGGAUGAGAUCAAGCAAUUUGUGCGUUCUAACUGUUUAUAGACUUACUUCAAACUACAUAGCAGCAUCAAUACGUAACUGAAGCUUUGACAUUUCACUUGGGUUUUUUUUCUUCUUUUUGAUAGUGUGCACUGUGCAGUUUAUUAGGUUUGUGUAGUAUUGCUGCUCUUCUUACUAUAGUGUUCUGUUCUAUUGUGGUGGAGAUAGAGAUGGUCUGUAGCAUUCUGGGACUGGUUGUCUUUGGUUCAGUCAUGGUUGGAUUUCAAUAUGGAAGAACCUUCUUUCAGUGAUUCAGCCAGUUGCAGAUUUUCUUGUUCACCAUUAUGUAUGGCUUAUGGGCCCAAUUGUGUUCUGAAGCUUCAGAUGAGUUGGUUUGUACUACUGAUUGCAGGAGCCACCAAAUUUAAAUCUUUACCCCUUCUAACAUCCAACCUCAAAGGAGGAGGGAGAAACUGGAGUGUGGGGGUAACAUUUGGUGGUUGAUCAAUUGGGGCUUGGUGCCUGGCUAAUGUUAUAUGUAGAGGGCUGAUUUCAGGAAGAUGGAUGGGGAAACCGUCCAUUGUAUUGUGAACUUGUAUGUUAUAGUUAUAUACUUUGUGUUCUAGAAUUAUAAUAUAAGAAUGCUUUUCUUAUUUCUCA